AUGGCUAGAGCAGGAACAAUCCCACCCCGACUCCUGGAAAGGAGGGCAGACGGACAGUGCUUUCCCCCUCCCGGAGGUCACCUUCAGGCGGAGGCAGUGCCCCCAGCCCGAGCCGUGGGACGGGGCGGAGCCGCGCCCCGCUCGCCGAGCCCCUCCGGCUGCCGGCGCAGGCUGCGCCCGGCUGCGGCGGGGAGGCGGCUGCGCUCGCUGCUGGACGAGUGCUCAGGGAUGGCCGAGAGCUCAGCUGUGACUGCAGCAGUGUCAGGGAGAGCAGCACCAACCAAGCUGGAGGAGCUCCUGGAGAUCACCGCUCAGAGCCUGGUGCGCGCCGAGGUGGCGGAGCACUACGAGGUUAUCCGGGAGCUGGGCAGGGGCAAGUAUGGCCACGUGAUGCUGGUGACCCACAGGCAGAGAGGGACUCCUAUGGCUCUCAAGCUGCUGCCCAAAGCCAGUACCAAGCUGCACACCUUCCUGUAUGAGUAUUGUGUAGCACUGUCCCUCGCCACGCACCCUGCCAUCAUCGGGAUGUUUGGAAUUGCCAUCGAGUCCAGCCAGUACUAUGGUUUCCUCUACGAGCCAGCGCUGCACAAAGACCUCAUCUCGAUCAUCAAACCCCGCGAUGGGAUCCCCGAGCCGGCCGCCAAGCAGUGUGCCCAGCAGCUGGUGAGCGCGCUGGAGUUCAUCCACAGCCGGGGGCUGGUGUACCGCGACAUCAAGCCCGAGAACGUGCUGCUCUUCGACCCGCACUGCCGCCGCGUCAAGCUCACCGACUUCGGCCUCACGCGGCCCAAGGGCACCAAGCUCAGGCUGGUGGCCGGGGUGAUCCCCUACACUGCCCCCGAGCUGAGCAGCACCGCCGACGCCCAGGGCGUGCCCAUCGACGCCAGCAUGGACGCCUGGGCCUUCGGGGUGCUGCUCUUCUGCCUGCUGACCGGCUACUUCCCCUGGGAGCAGAGCCUGCCGGAGGACCCUUUCUUCGAGGACUUCGUGCAGUGGCAGCAGACAGGCCUGGAGAAGGACGUGCCCCGGCACUGGAAGCGCCUGACGGCCGAGGCUGCGGCCAUGCUGCGGAGCCUGCUGGCUCUCGACCCCGCCGAGCGCGGCCCUGUCGGCGGCGUGCUGCGCUACGUGCACUGCCCGUGGCGGCUGGAGGGCGAGGAGGCUGCCCUGGGCUCCUAGAGCCUGCUCCCCGCCCUGGAGGGUCUCAGCCUGCCAGGGGCUUCAGGGUUGGGGACCAUGGUGGCCUGGGCCUGAGAGGCCAUGCUGACCCAGAGAGCAGCUUCUCUGCAGCGCUGUCCCUGCAGCCACACAGUCAAGCUCUGAUGGUCCUCACCCCAUGGCUCAGUGCUGCCCAGUGCCACCUCCUCCUGGCUUGGAAACAUCUUUCUCUUGGAAAUGACUGUGUGUGAAGCACCCACUUGUUUCCUAGCCACAGGAACUCCAGGGAUUUAUUUAGGCUGCAGCAAAUGCCGUGUCUCAAAAUAGAUCAAAAUAUGUACUUUUGUCUUUCUGUAUGUGGCUUGUUUUCCCUCAUAAUAAAUGCCUAUCAGGACCCACUGUUGGGUUGGAAAACAGAGAGCAUAUCAGAACUUGCAGCUAUCUCAGACAAGCUGUCCAAGGCAGGGGCCAUUCCUGAAUGCUACCUGUGCCUGCACCAGGACCCUGGAGGGUGGCUUCAGGAUGCCGGGGUGGAGGGGCUGGGCACGUGGCCAUGGAUGAUGGCUGGGGAAUGGUUGUGGUGUUAAGGUUUCCUCAAACAUAUCUCUUCCCUUGUGCUGCCUUCAGGUCCUAAGACAAUGUCCUCAUGCUCUUCUACAUGCCUGGUUACCCCUCUAGAAGACCUUCCUUCUCUCCUUUCCUAUCAGACACCUUUAACUCUUCCCUAGACACACACCUCUCCUAAUGCCCCAUAUCCUCCUACACAUUUUAAUCCUGAAACGGAGUAGCAAAGAGGGAAUUAGGGAUUAGUAGCCCUUUUUACUUUUCUAUGUUUUUUCAAUCCCCAGGAUUUUGUUGUUGGUAAUAAUCCCUUCCUGCAUUUAACCUGGUCUUUUGCUGGAAACUCACAGCUUGUUUUCCACUCUCAGAGGCUUCAUAACUUCUAAAAAUGCAAUGUCCCAGCAUUAUACUUCCUAAUAUUUCAGUUCAGUUUUCAUGUCAGACCCUUUCCUGCACACACUCUUUCUGCUUUUCCAACCUCCAGCUCUUUUUUCCCAGCUUCUUCUCACGCACUGGCAUUUUAGCAUUACUUAACUUCUCUACUAACACUACCCAUCACUUUUACUCACUCCUCUCUCAGCAACAUCACCUCUGUACCACUAUUUUGUGCUAUUCCUGCUCCCUGCAUCACUUAUGUUUUGAGUCUUCCUUCCAACUCCCCAACUUACCUUACCAAACAGCAUUAUGCUCACACUGUCGAAUACAUAGUUUUCUUCUGCUUACUUCCAUCUCUUAGAAUCUUUCUUGACUUGAAAUCAUAAUAAAUGCUGUUCAACUCCA